GUAAGUUCGUUUGAUUAUACUAUAUAAUAUUUUGAUUGAAUAGAAAAACUGCGCGAAAUUUUUGCUAAUGAUUGAACGGAUUUAUUUAUCUAAAAACGUUAUUGAAGCUCCACGCAGAUACAGUUAUUGAUGAUCUUCAUUAGUCAUGAAAUAUAAACACGAAUCAGAUAAUCAAGAAAAUAAGUUCUAUGAAAGCGUUACUAUAUGAGACUUCUACCGUUAGGGGAAUCACUUGGACUCUACAUGUUCAACAAAUCAAAACUUGAGCAACAGAUGUUUUAGAUAUAAGCUAUAUAGGAAUUAUGACUGUGGCCUUAAGCAAGUAUGAGGAACUCCUCCAACAAUCUGGAGAAAUCUUAGAUAGUCGUAUUAGUGAAGAAGCACUAGAAAAGUUAAAAGAAAAGUACAAGAAUCAUAUACAUUCAAAGCGUAUUUUGAAAGACAUUGCUAGUAUCAGCAGUUUGUUGCAAGUGUUAAAAAAAAGAGGAAUUUUACAAUACAGUAAUAUUGAUAUUUUAAGAUAUAUCAAUAAUGAAUAUGUAAGAGAUGAAUUAAUUAAACAGCAAAUACAAGAUCUUAUCACUAAUUAUUGUCAGUGGUUGCAUGAAAAUUCUAAUUCUAUAAACUUUUUGUAUAAUAGUGCUGUUGUUUCAAAAUAUUCAUCUAUGCAAGAAUCUUCAAGUCAAUUACAAUUAAACAUACCAUUUUCUAUAAGUCACACACAAAUUAACUCAACAUCUAUAUCAUCUGUUGAUAGAGAAAGAGAACUCCAAAAUAUAGUUGUAAUAAAAUUAAGCAAAAACAUUGGAAAUUAUUGGAAAGACGUCUGCAGAAGCUUAAAUAUAGACGAAAAUAUUAUUGAUGAAAUUAAUAUAGAAUUUUCACAAGAACCACCAGGUCAAAAAUAUGAGAAAAUGUUUAAAAGGGGUAUGAUAUUAUAUUUUUCGGAGUUUCGACCUCAGUGGAAAGCAGAACUAUUAAAGGCUUUAAAAAUCGCUAAACGAGUAGACUUACAGGAGAAAGUUCAAGAAAUAAUUAUUCAGACCUCUAAUUAGCAGAAAGUUUUUAGCAGAAAGUUUUUAACAGAAAU